GAUACGUUUAGGGUCGUUUGGUGCCGUCAGGUUGGUUAUACUGUUAUCGCUUGUGACGCUUCGCCAUUUUGUUAAAUAUGUGUAUAUCCAACAUCAUGGAUUAGCAGCAGAUAUAGAAAACUCAGUUCCAAACUUUAUCGUUAAGUUAGAUAGAUUUAGCUUUAAUUGGUGAAGAUCGAACUGCAGGCGAUUAGGAAGUGAAAGCACCCGAUUUUCCAAAGCAUGGUCCAUAUUUUUAGUAAUCUCGCCGGCUUUUAAUUUACGUUUGUACAGCGACUCGUAAACAGUAAAUGAUUUUCACGCAGUAACUCUGGUGCUCUGAAUCCUUCAAAAUGAUGUACACUGGUACAAACACGGAGCAGGAUAAUCGCUUCAGCGAUAAAGAGAAGAAGUUACUAAAGCAGAUGCGUUUUAGUGAUUGUCUCAGUCAGAGGGUGGAUAUGUCAAAGAUUAAGCUGGAAGUUAUUAAACCUUGGAUACAAGAGAAAAUUACAGAAAUACUUAAAAUUGAUGAUGAUGUUGUAGUUGAUUUUGUUUAUAAUCAACUUGAUGAAAAGUAUCCUGAUCCUAAAAAAAUACAAAUUAAUUUAACGGGGUUUCUGCAUGGAAAGAACGCCAGAGAGUUCAUGGCCGAACUCUGGGCUUUGCUGAUAUCGGCUCAGGAUAACCCAACAGGUAUACCGGAUUCACUUCUGGAGAUGCGUCGAGAAGAGAUAAAGAAGAAGGAAGCCGAGGAUAGGGAAAAGGAAAAAAUUAAAAUCGAACGGGAUAAAAAAUUCCGCGAAAGGGAUCGUUCCAGGUCAAGAAAUCGGGAGCGCUCGAGAUCUCGCAAUAGGGAGCAUUCACGAUCCCGUCGAUCCAGGUCCAGAUCUAGGCAACGACGAAGAUCGCGCGAUAACGAUCGCAAAGACAAGCGCGAUAAGUACUCAAGGUCACUGUCGAAACAGCGAGAGCUAAAAGUCUCAAGCAAACCUGAGGUAGAAAGCAAAGACAACGGAAAUGCUAGUCCGAAUGAACGUCACGACAUUGGAAAUAAUGUGGAUGCUGUUAAAGAAAAUAACACUGUUAGAAAUAACUUAGAUCAGAUGCAUUCUGUUUCGAAAUUACAAGCGAAACUUAUAGCCAUGGCAGGGAACGAUGGCAAAUCCCAUUCGCGAUCCAAUUCAAUGACUAAGUCCAAAUCCAGAUCGAAGUCCCGCAGCAAAUCCAAAUCCCGAUCGUCCUCGAGGUCACGUCGUUCCAUGUCAAAGCGCCACUCCACCUCUAGAUCUAGGUCCCGCACGGAGAAGGAUAAACGAGACUCCAGGUCGACAUCGCGGAAUUCGAAGAAUAAUUUUGAAAUUAGAAAAAAGGAUAAUAGUGUACAGAAGAAGAGACACUACAGAUCAAACAAAGACAGUUCGGAUAGUGAAGAUGAUAAGCAUAAGAGGAAAAAAAGUGUAUCCAAGUCGCCAAAACGGAGAAGUCGCGAAAGAAGCGUCAGGCGUAGACGAAGCAAUUCUCGGAAGAGGAGCUCUAGUCGGAAACGUAGUUUGUCGAGAAGACGCAGUGCUUCGAGAAAUAAACGUAGUUUAAGUCAUAGACGGAGAAGGAGUCCGUCGAGGAACCGUAGAAACAGUCCCCGCAGAAACAGCUACAGCAGGAGACGUAGUCUGAGUAGACGAAGGAACAGGAGGAGCAAUAGCAGAAACAGGAAAAGUCCCAGUCCGCGGCGUAGGAGGAGUCCAAGUCCAAGAAGACGACAAUCAAGUCGAGACAGGAGAAAUAGGAGAAGCAGAAGUAGAGAUAGGAAUUAUAGGCGUGUGUCUAGGGAUAGAAGGCGGUCAAGAUCUCGCGAUAGAAGCUCCAGGUCGAAAAGGCGAAGUUCCAGAGACAGAACUGAAGUUAGACGUAAAUCGCCUAUAAGAAAUCGGUCAAGACAACCUACCAAAAAAAGUCCUAGUCCAAAAAGAACUGAAAAAGAAAAUUAUGACGUAUCGAAAGAUAAGAAAAAGGAGGUGCCACCUAAGAAAUACGAUGAGAAAAAGGAGGAGCCUCAUCCAAAACCACAAGAAUCGAAGAAGGAGGAAAUAGCUUACAAGGAGAAGGAAAAACAUGUAGAUAAGAAAGUGGAAGUGGCAGAACCGAAGGUACGCAAGAAGUCUAGGUCCAACAGUAACUGUUCCGAAGUGCAACUAAUUCCACCACAUGGACCACCCAGAUAUUCACGAAGCUUAUCGAGAACUCCCUCUCCGUUCAUUAAAGCUAAUGAAUUCCCUCCGAAAUCGAAGUCGACAAAUUCAACCAAGGAUGAGAAGAAGAAAACAAAGGACGUUAAAGAUAACAAAUCGAAGAAGCAAACUAAGAAGAGAAGCGAAACCGAAAGUUCGUCAUCUUCUGACAGCGAUUCGGACCAUAAAGAUGUGGUUAGGAAGAAGACGAGGACAAAGAAGAAGAACAAAAAACGAAAUUCCAGCUCAAGCGAAAGCGAGGUGGAGUACACGUCGAAGGGUCGUAAGGAUAGUGACGAUGAGAAACCGAAGAAACGGGAAUCUAGAAAAUCUAAACGCGAUAGCAGCGAAGAUAAAAAGAAAAAGCGUCACGGUAGUCCCGAGGCAAAGGACAAGAAGCCGAAGAAGAGAAAUAAAUCAUCUUCCGAUGAAGAUACAAAAAAAUCAAAGAAAGAUUUAGAUUCCUCCGAUAGCGACGAACCGAAGAGCAAAAAGAAGAGAAGGGCGAGUACCGACGAUUAUGAAAAUGAGAAGAAGGAGAAGAAUUUAGAAAAAUCUAAAAAGUACAAAAAGGAGAGUUCUUCGGAAAGCGAAGAGGAUGUGCAGAAGAAACGGAAACAUAAGAAAAUGAAGGUUUCGAAGUCCUGCAGCGAUUCCGAUGAGGAGAUCGAGAAAAAGAAGAAAAAGGACAAGAAACACAAGAAAAAGAAGAAGCACUCCAAGAAACAUAAGAAGCAUAAGAAGAAAAAGGUGGAGAGCGAUGACUCUGAUAACAGUGACGUGGAAAUAAUAAAUGAUGACGAGAAGAAGUUGCGCGAGAAAGCCUUAAAAUCGAUGAAGAGACAUUCUAGUGAAAAAUCUGAGUAAUGGUGCUCUCUCUUUCUCUCUCCAAACCGAGGACAGGAUACACAACAACAGGACAACACAACAAACAAGACGUGACACUUUUCAUCGGAAAAAAGCUGUUUAGAUAAUUCAACAAGAUUGAAACAUUUAUAUGAGGGCCUGCAAAAUGAAUUUAUUG